AUGGCCCCGUGGCUGCAGCUCUGCUCCUUCUUCUUCACUGUCAACGCCUGCCUCAAUGGCUCGCAGCUGGCAGUGGCCGCGGGCGGCUCAGGCCGCGCGAGGAGCGCCGACACCUGUGGCUGGAGGGGAGUGGGGCCGGCCAGCAGAAACAUCGGGCUGCACAACAUCACCUUCAGAUAUGACAACUGUACCACCUACUUGAGUCCUGUGGGGAAGCACGUGAUCGCUGAUGCUCAGAACAUCACCAUCAGCCAGUAUGCUUGCCAUGACCAAGUGGCAGUCACCAUUCUUUGGUCCCCAGGGGCCCUUGGCAUUGAAUUCCUAAAAGGAUUCCGAGUAAUCCUGGAGGAGCUGAAAUCAGAGGGAAGACAGUGCCAACAACUGAUUCUAAAGGACCCCAAACAGCUCAACAGCAGCUUCAAAAGAACUGGAAUGGAAUCUCAGCCUUUCCUGAAUAUGAAAUUUGAAACGGAUUACUUUGUAAAGAUUGUUCCUUUCCCUUCCAUUAAAAACGAAAGCAAUUACCAUCCCUUCUUCUUCAGAACACGGGCCUGUGACCUGUUGUUACAACCUGACAACUUGGCCUGUAAGCCCUUCUGGAAGCCUCGAAACCUGAAUAUCACCCAGCACGGUUCCGACAUGCAAGUGUCCUUCGACCAUGCACCGCAGAACUUCGCCUUCCGUGGCUUCCAUGUUCACUAUAAGCUCAAGCACGAAGGCCCCUUCAGGCGGAGGACUUGCAGGCAGGACCAGAAUACAGAGACAACCAGCUGCCUCCUCCAAAAUCUUUCUCCAGGGGAUUAUGUCAUUGAGCUGGUAGACGACAGCAACACCACCAGGAAAGCGGCGCAAUAUGUGGUGAAGCCAGUGCAGUCUCCCUGGGCGGGACCCAUCAGAGCUGUGGCCAUCACCGUGCCUCUGGUUGUCAUAUCCGCGUUCGCAACGCUGUUCACGGUUAUGUGCAGAAAGAAACAACAAGAAAAUAUAUAUUCACAUUUAGAUGAAGAAAGCCCCGAGUCCUCCACAUAUGCUGCGGUUCUCCCCAGAGACAGACUCCGGCCUCGGCCCAAGGUCUUCCUCUGCUACUCCAGUAAAGAUGGCCAGAAUCACAUGAACGUGGUCCAGUGUUUCGCCUACUUCCUGCAGGAUUUCUGUGGCUGUGAGGUGGCUCUGGACCUGUGGGAAGAUUUCAGCCUCUGCAGAGAGGGGCAGAGAGAAUGGGUCAUUCAGAAGAUCCACGAGUCCCAGUUCAUCAUUGUCGUGUGCUCCAAAGGCAUGAAGUACUUUGUCGAUAAGAAGAACUACAGACACAAAGGAGGCAGUCUCAGUGCAGGGCAAGGAGAGCUCUUCCUAGUGGCCGUGGCAGCCAUUGCCGAGAAGCUCCGUCAGGCCAAGCAGAGCUCCUCUGCGGCACUGAGCAAGUUCAUUGCUGUCUACUUUGAUUAUUCCUGUGAAGGGGAUGUCCCCUGUACCCUGGACCUGAGCACCAAAUACAAGCUCAUGGACAACCUUCCUGAGCUCUGUUCCCAUCUACACUCAGGAGAGCAGGAGGAGCCGGGCCAGCACCCAGCACACAGCAGCAGAAGGAACUACUUCCGGAGCAAAUCUGGCCGCUCCCUGUAUGUUGCCAUUUGCAACAUGCACCAGUUUAUUGAUGAGGAACCUGACUGGUUCGAGAAGCAGUUUUUACCCUUCCAACGUCCCCCUGUGCGCUACCAGGAGCCAGUCCUGGAGAAAUUUGACUCAGGGUUGGUUUUAAAUGAUGUCAUAAGCAAACCAGGGCCAGAAAGUGACUUCUCUCUAAAAGUUGAGGCUUCUCUACUUGGGGCCACUGGGCCAGCUGACUCUUACUCAUACCUGGAGAAUCAGCAUACAGGCCUGGACCAAGACACUGAGGCCCAGCCCACUUGUGAUAGUGGCCCUGCCUUGCAGCCCCUAUUGCAUGCACUGAAAGCUGGUAGUCCCUCAGAUAUGCCACGGGACUCAGGCAUAUAUGAUUCCUCUGUGCCCUCAUCAGAGCUGUCUCUGCCUCUGAUGGAAGGACUCUCCCCUGAUCAGAUAGAGACAUCUUCCCUGACUGAGAGUGUAUCUUCCUCCUCUGCCCUAGGUGAGGAGGAUCCCCCUGCUCUCCCUUCCAAGCUCCUUGCCUCUGGGAUAUCCAAAGGCGAACAUGGUUGCCAUAGCUACACUGAUGAACUCCAAGCGGUUGCCCCUUCUUAAGGAUACAAAGAAUCUAAGCAUCGCCACUUUAGCUGCUGUUCUCUCUGCCUCCCCAGCUCACCUCUGUGGUUGUGCAGCCUACUUGGAGCUGAGGGCUCACAUGAGGAUAUCUGGAAUGAAAUUCUGGCUAGCACUCAUCCGUUCUGCCCCAGCCUUCUAACGGAUACUUAGCAAAGUCUCCAAUUUCCCAAAAGCAUAUGGAACCCUGAAAGGCAUGUCCAUGAGAUCUGACUGCAGCUGUCCCCGUGAGGCCAAUCCUUGGAUCAAAGCCUAUUCUGGUUGGGUAGAGUGGAAACAGGUAAAGAGAAAUAGGAAAGCACCCACACAGCCUGCUCUGGCUUUACUUGAACUCUGGCUACUUAAACUCAAAAUGCUUUGUGGAAAAGCCCUCUAGGGCUUUUACAGCUACACACAUCAAGUACUGUUAGGACCCAGGCUGUGCUGCAAGUGAUGUUUCCAUCCAUUUUGAUGUGGAACUUACACUGUCCUGAGUGUUACAUAAACUUUGAGUCCAAGGUCCAGACAAUGACUAAAUAUCAUCCGGUAACUUUUUGUAAAACAACUCUCUCUAUUGUUGGGGAGUCUAUGGAGCAGACUGACUGUCUUGACUGUUCCACGUGAAAUGGGUUGACUAAUGUACAGAUGUCAGAACCUGAGCCUUUUCCCUGCAUUGAAGUAGCAUCCUGUGGGAGCCACGGCCGUCUGUUUAGCUUCCCUGGGCCGCAUUUACUGCCCUGUAGCUCGGGUGCUGACGGCUGGACAUGGAGGACUGCUGUCCAUUAACCCAGCUGGGCAGCAACAUUAUUUGAAUUUGUGGUUUGUAUUUCAGCUGGUGCUGUGUCUUGAAUGUUAGAGGUCAGAGUCCACUAAUACACGACCGUGUACGGGAGACAGUGGCCAGUUAGUCUACUGGUUUCGACAAGUGACAAACCUCCUUUUCAGAAGGCAGAAAGGAGGGGAUUGUUACAAGAGUAAAUGUUCUAUUUUUAUGAAUGAGUCUUGUACAGAAAUUCUGUUUCCAAAGGUAAAACAUCUCUUCACAUCCUGUAUGUUAAUUAGAUGUAUAUAAUGAUGUGUCCGUCUCCUCUGUGGAAUCCCCAUCCCUCGCCCUGGUGCAUUUGGUGAAAUCAUCCUUCUCCACUGUUAUCAUGGGUGCUGUUGGGUUUUGGCAGCCUAUCUUUUCAGCAUUCUGUCAGGAACUAUUGAUUUUUCCCAUUCCUCCACCAGAUUGGACCAACAUUAAGGGGGUUGCUGAGAAAGAUCUCAAGGUCAGGUGUGGAGGUGAGAUGAGCCAGGGAUUUUCCUUCUAGGCACCGUUUCAGUGGGGAGAGAAGGGAGCCCUCAGUUCCUGCGGAGAAGAAGAGGUUUGUGUGUAUUUUGGAUGAAAAUGUCCUCCUCCCUGCUCCGCACAGGCAGCUGCCAGCUUCUCAGGAGAACGUGCUCCUGUGUUCUCUGGCAGAGCACAGAGCAGCUGCUCUGGGCAAGCUGUGUGCUGGUUUCACCGUAAAACCAGGCAUCCCAGCAGAGGAGUUUGCACCAUAUUAUCUCUGUGGAAUCCAGACUGAGCAGACAGAGCUCCCACCUCCAAGCUCAGUCUUGGCAUUCAUUCUGUGAGGGAGAUUGGUGGGCCUAAAUCGCUAAUGUAUGACCGUUCCCUGGGAACAUCAUCAGAGAAUUUUUUUUCUCUUUUUAAAUUGAGGCCAAGAAAUAUUUUAUGCCCCCCAAAGAGCCAUUAGAAACCACAUUUAGGAUAGAUAUUCAGCUUUGCAUAUGGAAUGUAGGGUCCCUGAGAUGCCCAGGAGCAGCAUGGGGCCUUGGGCUUAAGGCUUAGCAUUAGCUGGAUCCCAGGCCCAGGCAGAGAGCUUACUGCAUGAAUUCAGAUGAGGAGACUGGAGGGAAGCCAUGUGAGCCAUCUAGCUUGCUAGUCUGAAAAAGUCAGGGUCAGGUGAUGGCUUUGUUUGUAUUUAGCAAUUAGAUGCUUUUAUUUUGACAUACAAGUGUUUCUGAUCAAAAAAAGCCAGAUUCUAACAUGCCAGGCAACAAAACAACAGUAAGGUUGCUUAACCCAGAGUGAGCAGAUAGUGGGGGGAGCCAUAUUAUUAGCCAGCCCCUUUCCCAUACACCUCAUCAUUGAGCCAGGAAUGAGAAUUGCCUUGCAGAUUAAGGCAAGGUGCCAGUUCUGAACAGAGCUGCAGUCUUUGACUCCGAAUUGCCCCGUGGAAUAGAGGAAGGAUCUGACAAGGCACAGACUUUUUGAUGCUGUAGGGAAACAAGAGGUUGGGGCUGAGUGAAUGGUUUGUGGGGAAGUAGACCAUAUCCACUGGAAGGGAAGCUGAGGGUGAGACCCUGGGGCUGGCGGGGAGGCCAGGGCACCAGGAAGCCAAGACAGUUGUUGACCUGUGUUUAUGCAUGUCCCACAGGCAGUUCUGAUGCAUCUGACUGGCUUAGAGAUGAGUCAGAAACAAGUUCACCUGCCCUUGAAGCCCAGACUUACCGUGACAUAGUGGUACAUAUUGCUAAUUUUCUUGACAACCUUUAGUAGCAGGUCCUCUGACUUUUAUGUAAGUAACUAAAUAGGAAACUGCUCCCCCAAAAGUGUGGGAUUGCAGGGUCACAGGAGCUUUUCAGAAGAAAUAGGGGAGCUGUUUUAUUCCUGGUGGUGAAAUGUAACACCCUUGCUUCAGUAAGAAAGGGAAAUAGGAAGUCCCUAGCUACCUCAACAUGAGAGAACAUUCUGCCUGCCGUUAUUGGGAAGAGGCAGUGCCAACGUGAAGUUUUCUAUCUUCCGUUGUUGGGGAUGGCUGCUGGUAAUGGGCAAAGUUUGUGUUUUCUGGGGCACUAGUAUACCCAGGCAUAAGGGAAACAGUAACAUAGCGCCUUAAAGAGAGACAACAGGGCAUGGCAGCGACUGGAGCAAACCAAAGCACCCUUGUCCAGCCUUCAGGAGUAGAGAACAUUCCAGAUGAAUGUCUCCAUGCAGUAUUUCCUGGACUUCCUGGUUUUCAAGAAAAGCUGAGAAUGUCUCAUUUUGAAGCUGUUAAUGUCUAGUGCUAGCAAGACAGCUCAGCGAGUAAAAGCGCUUCUGAAGCAAACCCAGACGAUAUAAGUUUAGUCCCUGGAACCCACAGUGGGAGGAGUGAAGUAACCCUGUCCUAAAAGUUGUGUUCUUUGUCUUCCUCAUGCUGGCUGUGAUGCUCACAGAUUGUGUGUGUGUGUGUGCACAUGCACACACAUUUGUGUAUCUGCAUGUGUGUGUGCACGAGUGUGCAACACCAAAAUCACAUACAAUAAAAAAAAUAAGCUAAACAUCACCAGUUAAACUUUGGAAACUACGAAGGUGAACCCAGGACCAACAGAACAUGUAGAUAGAUCUAAUUUUGCCCAGUGGCUGCCAGGUUGUGAAUUCUUCUUUGUAAGAUGUGAAAUGAAAACCACUCACAGUAAUUCAUGUGUGUGGGGCCCCGGGAAAAGCUGUGCUAGCCCUAUCCUUCAGACAAACUUGAUGUCCUCCUGAUUAAUUUUGCUUCUUCUGACAGGAUCUCCUGUAGCCCUUGCUAGCCUUGAACUCCUGAUACUUCUCUCUCUGGUGUGCACCAUGACCCACAGCCUCAAUAUGAUUCUGAAUACAUUUUAAACAUUUUGAUAGUGUCUUUUAUAUUUCAUAAUAUCUUGAGAGAAAGGCAGGUCAGCUGGUUUUUGUUGUUGGUGGUGGUGUUUUUUUGAGACAGGGUUUCUCUGUGUACCCCUAGCUGGCCUCAAACUCUGAGACACACCUGCCUCUGCCUCCCAAGUGUGGGAUUAAAGGUGUGCACUGCCUCUGCUGCCACCACCAUCAUCCUACUGCUGUUAAUUUCAAAGUCAGAUCUAUUGUCCUAUAUUAAAAAGCAGGUAACAGUUGCAUUUAAAACCCCUAACUUUAGGGCCUUAUUUAUAGUUUAGUUCUAAUUGUCGUCAUGUUUUUAUGUGUGUGGUAGAGUUCUGAGCUCAUGCCAAGGUGUUAUUAGGAGAAUUUAUUUGGGGACUCCAGCAAAGGCUCCCUCAGAGUGCCCUCACACUGGGCUUCGCCAUCUUCCUUUCUCUGCAGUCUGGGACUGGCUCUUCUGGAGGAAUGCUGUAAGAGGUGGAGAAAUGCUUUUCUGUUGUUGAGAUGGCAGGUGUCCCCAUGUUGUUUUGCCACUCUUGUCACAUCACCACCUUUCCAGACUCAAGGGGGAAAGUUGGCCAAAGAACUAGCUAGCUGUUAGAGGUUGGUUUGGUUCUGGUUUUAGAACAUGGGGGGAAGGCUGAGCUCACCCAGCACGCUCCCUCCGCUCCCGAGACAGGCUGCACUUGAGUUGUUCCAGACACACGGCUGUGGCUGAGAUGCUGGCUUCAGCGGAGGGAUUCUGUAACCUCCCUGCUGAUCAGAUGGUCCUUUGUAUGUCUUCCUUGCAGAAAUUCAAACCAGCUUUCUUUUGUCUACAGCGUAGAGGAGAAAGAACAGCUGGUCACCUUCCCAGCAUUGAAAACCGCAGUGAGGUCAUCCCCUGGUGUUUUUUUUCCCCCAGUAGUAAAUAAUCCCACCCACUUAAGGUCUUUUACAGCUCUAGUGUUCUGGGGGCUUAAUGAUUUCCACCGUUCUCCUGCUUCUCGGCCUCACACUCAGUUUUGUUAUCCGAGUGACACCCAUGCCUUGUUCACGUGGGAGCCGCCUGACAGCCGUGCUCCAGUUAGGAUUACAGGGAGAUCUAUGCGGGCCUGCUGCUCUCUCACCACAUAAAAAUAUCGUGGCACUUAAAAAAAUGUUAUACCGCGUUCCCUCAUUCAGAACUCCACUUGUCCUCUUGGUGGUAGUCCUUGCUCUUGUGGUUUAUUCUCUCCACAGGCGAACAGCCGGUGCUUAUUCCUGUCGUGUUCAGUGUCUUCUUAGUCUGAAGACACUCCUUGCCGCCAGCGCCUACCUUCUGAGUGGCAGCUACCCCACACUCCAACCUGGGGUUCCAGUUUUUACCUCUCUCUAGACUUGAUCUUUAUUUUGUGAAUCGUAUUCUUGUUUAAAUGGCUCACACUUCACCAGAACCUCUGGCAAGGUGAGGCCAGAGGUUGCCAAGUGCCUCUUUCCCACUUGCCACCAGCAACAGGGACUAAUUUCCAAACACCUUUGAAUGCCUCGGAGGGCCUCUGGAGAAUUUUGGCCAGUUGUCUUCUUUCCUGCCCCUUGGUUCACCCUUGAUACUCACCUGGGAGCACAGAUACCUGCGGGGCCUCGCCCUCCGUCUCCAGGGCUUUAGCUCUCAGCUGAGCAGGCAUAGUGUUCCGAUACAGUCAAGAGCCAGACAGAAGCAAUCAUCCUGACUGGAUAGCUAAUGUUUAUAUCACAGGGACUCUGGUAGGAAGAGGAGGAGCAGCGGCCCUGUGUGGCUACCAUUAGAUUAUAUUCGAUGUGUUCAUCUGUUAUUUUUUUUUUUAAAUCCAUCUUUCUGUCAAAGAAGCAUGUCAAGUUUGGACAGCAGCAAAAACCUCUGUAUAAACUCAAAGUGGUCAUUUUGAGAGUAGCUUCUGUUUUCCUGAUCUGUUUAAAAACAAAAGUAUUUUUUACUGUGGAAACUCCCAUGUUAAGGAGGGGGGCCCCGCAGGCACAGUGAGGACUGAUGCCGUUGUUCUGUUUUGUCUCUAAGUUUGUCCUUUUCUGGGAUUUUUGAUGGAAUGGUAAGCACUGACAGCCUGUAGCACUGUGCCAUAUUUUUACAUUGGCAAUAUUGGUGGUGUAUUGUGGUAUAUUUGACUGUACAAACUCUGUAAAUAGAUGAUAGUAAGUCAUGGCUGACAUUUGUAAGAUGCUUUUGUACUUUAGAGUUUUCUACAUCAAAUAAAGUGUUUUCUUGUAA